AUGGAUACUACUUCAUCUACUAGUUUUGCAUCAUUUGAUCGUGCUAUUCGAUUAUUAUAUGGUCAUCGUUGUUCUUUAAAUCGACCUUUGGCUAUUAGAAUCUUACAACAAUUAUGUGACGACGAAUCUACACUAUUUUCAACCAGAUUGACGAUCAGUGCUGCUAACGCUAUUUUAGGUUUUUGUUAUGAAUUUGGUUUGGGCAUCAAGAUGGAUUUUCAACAAGCCGAACAUCAUUAUCUUCUAGCCACCCAUAUUUUGACAACUAUCAUGAAAGAACAAACAAGUCUUGCACUACAUACUGAUACUAGCCUGACUAUGGUACAUCAAGCCUGUCUUGUUGGCGUGGCAAGAUUGGCAUUCUUAAGAAAAUAUGGUCGACCAGGUGUUAAAAUGGAUAGACGUGAAGCUGAUCAAUUCGAAACUAUCUUACAACAACAACAUGAUGAUUUUUAUCCGCAAGAUGAUGAUGAUGAUGAUGGUUUAUCUUGGUUCCGACAUGCCGCUGUGGUGUACAAAUGUGCCGCCAGUCAAUACUGCUUGGGUGUGUGUUACCAUGAUGGCGUGGUGGUGGACAAGAAUGAACAAGAAGCAUUCCGGUGGUACAAACUCAGUGCUGAUCAAGGCAACUCUCGUGGUCAAGGGAUCUUAGGGUAUUGUUAUGGUGAAGGCUUUGGUGUUGAAAAGGAUGAACUUUUGGCAAUCACUUGGUAUCAUCGUGCAGCUGCUCAAGGUGAAACAGUAGCUAUCUACAAUAUUGGUUAUUGUUAUGAAGAAGGCAUUGGCGUAAAAAAAGAUGUGCAACAAGCUGUUCAUUGGUACACUAUCGCUGCUCAACAAGGAAAUGCUUUUGCUCAAAAUGCACUUGGUUAUUGUUAUGAAGAUGGUAUUGGAGUUGAUAGCAAGGAUUUCGAAAAGGCUGCUCAAUGGUAUAGUUGUUCUGCUGAUCAAGGUUACCCCUGGGCUCAAUGUAAUCUUGGCUAUUGUUAUCAAAAUGGCAUCGGUGUGGAAAAGGAUCCCAGUCAAGGCGCUUAUUGGUAUACACAAGCUGCACGACAAGGUCAUGCACGUGCUCAACAUAAUCUUGGUUUUUGUUAUCAAAAUGGUAUUGGUGUGGAAAAACAACCUGUUGAAGCUGUCUAUUGGUAUCAACGUUCAGCUGAUCAAGGUAACAUCUUUGCAUAUCACUCUCUUGGUUAUUGUUAUCAAAAUGGUAUUGGUGUCCCUGUCAACGAACGUGAAGCUGUUUACUGGUACUAUCUUUCUGCUGAACAACGUCAUGCUCCUGCACAACUAUCUCUUGGAUUCUGUUAUCGUAAUGGUGUUGGUGUCAAAAAAAAUGAACGUGAAGCAGUCAAAUGGUUUCGUCGAUCAGCACAACAGGGUAAUGCUUUGGCUCAAAACUCUCUUGGUUUUUGUUAUGAAGAAGGAUUGGGAUUGACAAAGGAUCUUACACAUGCAGUAUAUUGGUAUCUCAAAGCAGCAAAACAGAAUAAUCCAUGGGCACAAUGUAAUCUUGGUUUUUGUUAUGCGAAUGGUAUCGGUGUGGCACCUCAACUUACAAAAGCUGUCUAUUGGUAUCGAAAAGCAGCAGCUCAACAUCAUGCACGGGCUCAAGAUAAAUUAGGUAUCCAUUUACAAACUGGUGUAGGUAUUCAACAAAAUAUGGCAUUGGCUGUCAAUUACUUUUUAUUAUCUGCACAACAAGGUCAAGUUUCUGCUCAAUAUCAUUUGGCCUUAUGUUAUGAAAAAGGAUUGGGUGUUCAAGAAAAUUUAUCAGAAGCUUUGAUUUGGUAUGAAAAAGCUGCUACUGCUGGAUGUAGAAAUUCUCAAGAACGAUUACGACGAUUAUUAUUACGUUAUUGUUUGGAAAAUGCAUCUGAUUCUGUGCAGAAUACAAUGGAUAACUGGACAUUACAAUCAUCAUCAUCAUCACAACCGAUGGGCUGGAUCUCUGGGUUUGCUGCUGCUGCUGCGUAA